UCACCCAGGUGCAGAGCAAGCUUGAAAGAGACAACGGAAGGAGUUUCCUGGACUGUGUUGUCGCUCAACGGCUCGCACCAACCACUGCGCAGUUUGCCGUCGGGCCCGCCUCUUUGGGGGCGUAUCCCUAGUGAGUGAUAGACAGAGCCGCCCGGCCCUGCUCAACCCAGCCCACGUUGCUGCUUACAUUGAAAUGCAGAACUCAAGCCUCUUUCAUCCCGGCACAGACUUCCUUUUACUCCUUCCUUUUGCACUCUCGCCGCCUCCUCUUGGGGAGAAGCGGAGUCAACGUCGGCCCGGGACAACAAUAGGCCGGUCCACUGAGGCCGUGCGAAAAGUUUCUUUCUGGGAGAACGGACUAGGGGUCCGGUGUGUGUACUGCUCGGAGCAAUGGAGCCAGCCUUCGGGGAGGUGAACCAGCUGGGAGGAGUAUUUGUGAACGGCAGGCCACUGCCCAACGCCAUCCGGCUUCGCAUCGUGGAACUGGCCCAACUGGGCAUUCGACCGUGUGACAUCAGCCGCCAGCUACGGGUCUCGCACGGCUGCGUCAGCAAGAUCUUGGCGCGCUACAAUGAGACGGGCUCGAUCUUGCCUGGGGCCAUCGGGGGCAGCAAGCCCCGGGUCACCACCCCCACUGUGGUGAAACACAUCCGGACCUACAAGCAGAGGGACCCCGGCAUAUUCGCCUGGGAGAUUAGGGACCGCCUGCUGGCGGAUGGCGUGUGCGACAAGUACAACGUGCCCUCGGUGAGCUCCAUCAGCCGCAUCCUGCGCAAUAAGAUUGGCAAUUUGGCCCAACAGGGUCACUACGACUCGUACAAGCAGCACCAGCCGGCACCACAGCCCGCGCUGCCCUACAACCACAUCUACUCGUAUCCUAGCCCCAUCACGGCGGCGGCCGCCAAGGUACCCACGCCGCCCGGGGUGCCCGCCAUCCCUGGCUCGGUGGCCAUGCCACGCACCUGGCCCUCUUCGCACUCCGUUACUGACAUCCUGGGCAUCCGCUCCAUUACCGACCAAGUGAGCGACAGCUCCCCCUACCACAGCCCCAAGGUGGAGGAGUGGAGCAGUCUGGGCCGUAACAACUUCCCUGCCGCUGCGCCGCACGCGGUGAACGGGCUGGAGAAGGGAGCUUUGGAGCAGGAAGCCAAGUACGGUCAGGCACCAAAUGGCCUCCCAGCUGUGAGCAGUUUUGUGUCAGCGUCCAGCAUGGCUCCUUACCCUACCCCGGCUCAAGUGUCACCUUAUAUGACCUACAGCGCUGCUCCUUCUGGUUAUGUUGCUGGACAUGGGUGGCAACAUGCCAGCGGCACCCCGCUUUCCCCUCACAACUGUGACAUUCCCGCAUCGCUGGCGUUCAAGGGAAUGCAGGCAGCCAGAGAAGGUAGUCACUCUGUUGUGGCUUCUGCACUCUGAUGGGGAAUUCCGUCUCCAGCAGCUUUACCAGGUCUCCCCCCUCAGCACAUCCUCCCCUCUUCCUAGGCCUCAGACCCCAAGCCUUCUGUCCCCAGCCUUCCUGCCUCCAGAGCUGGCUUUACAGACUCACAUCCAUUGUGCUGAUGACAUUUAACUAUUUCUUGCCAUAACUUCUCUCUCACAGAAAACCUGACCUGACCUUCAGGAUUUUAAAGCAAAAGCUACGUUAAGAAUUGACUGAGACAUUUGGGUUGCCCACACACUGUUUUUACGUAGUGAAGAAACCUGCACCCUCAAAGGGCUUAAAGAACUUUUAAAAACUAGUCUUUGGUAAAACCACACAUGUAUAUUUAUUCUAAAUCAACAUUAACUUUCGAAAUGUGCAAUUGUUGAGAUUUUGCAAAAUCAAUAAAGGAAAAUACAUAUAGAAAAAA